AUGUCAAGCUCGAUGAACACCCUUGAAAUUUCCAAUCUGGGAAGCUCCGACGAGAGAAUCGCUGCAAGGCGACAACGAGCGGAGGCUAAGCUCAAACAAGACAAGGAGGAAGCCGAAGGCAAGAAGACCAAAAAAGACGAUGCAGCAGAGCAAGUCUCCCUCGGCAAAGAGCAAUAUGGGAAAUCGGUGGCUGAACUUGAGCGAUUCCGCACCGAAACCUGGGAAGAGUUGACCAGCAUUCGCGUGCGCUUCGACGAUCAGGAGAAUCAGCGAAGGAUUGUGGAGGAGAACAAUCGCCUCGACCGGUACGAGGCACUCCAGAUCGAAGCUGUAACCAGCGGAAGGAAGAAUGCAGCUAUUGAAAUGAAAUGGGCAGACCUUCUCAAUAUGGACAUACCACAGGAGUUGAACGAUCAGCUUCAGUUCCAAAAGAGCGCUUGCAGACAGAUCAUUGAGUCCAAGGACAGGCGGAUUGAAGAUUUCAAGACCGAGUUGAAAAACAAGGAUGAGGAGUACAUCAAGAUGUUGAAGCAGCAAAGCUUGGACAUCACGACCCUUAUCACUAAGAUGCGGGAGCAGUACCAUGCACUGCGACAACACUACGAGAAAGAGCUGGAGGAUAUCGAGCAAGCCUUUGAGGACGAACGCAAAGAAAUGCUGCAGAAGAACAAAGCAGAAAUCGAGGUGGCGCUUUUUGAAAAACGCCGGCAGAUGGAAGAGAACGAAUUCCUCGAGAGGCGCCAGGAGCGUGAACGAGGAUUUCAGCAGCAAAUAGAAGAGCUCCGCACCGAUAAUGCUGAUGGAUACAACAAGUGCAAAAUUGCGCUGGAGAAAGGCAUUCAGGAGCUCGAGCAGCACUUGGAAAAGAUGCUUGCCACCUACCUCCUGAAUAAGGAGAAGCUGGAAUACAAUCUUCAGGCUGCAUUGCAAGGGGGCAUUGGUCCCUUCUCAUGGGUGCCUUUGGCUUUCAAGCCUACCAACAGCAGCCUCGCGGAUUGGCUCCCGUUGCUCUCGGACAUUUUGAGGAAUGCUCUCAUCAGUCGGUACAACACACUCGACCAAAAGUACAAGACCCACAAUCAUGAACUUACCGAAGAGUACAAGCGCCUGACCAAGCAGUUCAAGGACCUGCAAGAGAAGUUCCAGCACUUUGAACAAGCAGAUGAAAAGAAAUUUAGGGAGGUUUGGGAAAUGAACGAAGCCGAAGUUCGUGGUCUUAUGACAAAGGUUCUAGAGGCAGAUCGACUUCUUCACGAACAGCAGCUGGGCCAUGAGUGGGUGCCUCCCAAGGAGGAACUGCUGCAGCAGGAGUUGGAUACGUUCUCAGAGUCUGGCACGACAACUGGCAAAAGCACCGCGCUGGAGUCCGCUGAGAUGGGUCAGUCAGACUCGGGCAAAUUCUCCGCGACCAAGGUCAAAAAAGUGCUAGACCUCAUCAAAGAGGAGACUCAGUUUCUGCUGGACCUCAAGGUUCGUGACCAGCUGGCUGAGCUGCCUCCUGAGCAGAGGGAUGUCUUGCAAAUUGAUGCGCUUCUUCGAUACAUUGGCGUGGAGGGGCAGCAGGACGUGGAUCUGCUGGUGCAAGUCUUCUACCGUGGUCAGGAAGAGGAUGACGAAGCACUCAUGGUUGAGCCUGAUGACGUGUUACAGCUCCUGAAGGAUUUCAUAGAGGAGAAGGAGAACAUGAGGAUCGCUGACGUAGCACCAGAUAAAAAGAAAAAGGCACGAACUCAACAGCUUGGCAGCGAGAGUGAGGCAGAUCGCAAGGCUCGUCGUCGACGGGAAGAGCGGAAGUUCUGGGAGCGAAUGGGCCAUGUGAUCCCAGACAUGAACUUCCGAGUGUGGAAGGCGCUAGACGUCUUCCUGAAGCGCUACUACGACCUUCUGCAAAAGCGUAGCAAGGCUAUUGACUCAGCUGUCUGGGCCUUGAAGCAGAUGUGGUACUUGGGCUCGAAGGUCAACGAGGAGCUGCAGGUUCCGCCUGGCACCAAGGGUUAG